AUGUCCCUUUCUAAGAAAUUGACUUUAGACAAACUGAGUGUUAACGGGAAGCGAGUCCUCAUGAGAGUAGACUUUAAUGUUCCCAUGAAGAAGAACCAGAUUACAAACAACCAGAGAAUCAAGGCUUCCCUCCCAAGCAUCAAGUACUGUCUAGAUAACGGAGCCAGGUCAGUAGUUCUCAUGAGCCACCUAGGCCGGCCUGAUGGUGUUCCCAUGCCUGACAAAUAUUCAUUAGAGCCUGUUGCGUCUGAGCUCAAAUCCUUGCUGGGCAAAGAUGUUCUGUUCCUGAAGGACUGUGUAGGCUCAGAAGUGGAGAAAGCCUGUGCCAACCCAGCUAUUGGUUCAGUCAUCCUGCUGGAGAACCUGCGCUUUCAUGUGGAGGAAGAAGGGAAGGGCCAAGAUCCUUCUGGAAAUAAACUUAAAGCUGAGCCAGAUAAAAUAGAAGCCUUCCGAGCAUCACUCUCCAAGCUAGGGGAUGUCUAUGUCAAUGACGCUUUUGGCACAGCACACCGGGCUCACAGUUCUAUGGUGGGAGUGAAUCUGCCCCUGAAGGCAUCUGGAUUCCUGAUGAAGAAGGAACUGGAUUACUUUGCCAGAGCCUUGGAAAAGCCAGAAAGACCCUUUCUGGCUAUACUUGGUGGAGCUAAAGUGGCAGACAAGAUCCAACUCAUCAAAAAUAUGCUGGACAAGGUCAAUGAGAUGAUCAUUGGUGGUGGAAUGGCUUUUAGCUUCCUUAAGGUACUCAACAACAUGGAGAUUGGUGCUUCCCUGUUUGAUGAAGAGGGAGCCAAAAUUGUCAGAGAUAUCAUGGACAAAGCAGAUAAGAAUGGUGUAAAGAUUACCUUUCCUGUUGAUUUUGUUACUGCUGACAAGUUUGACGAGAAUGCUAAGGUUGGACAAGCCACUGUAGCAUCUGGCAUACCUGCUGGAUGGAUGGCUUUGGACUGUGGUCCUGAGAGCAACAAGAAAUAUGCUCAAAUUGUGGCUCAAGCAAAGCUAAUUGUUUGGAAUGGACCUUUAGGAGUAUUUGAAUGGGACGCCUUUGCUAAGGGAACCAAAGCCCUCAUGGAUGAAAUUGUGAAAGCUACUUCCAAGGGCUGCAUCACCAUUAUAGGGGGUGGAGACACAGCUACAUGCUGUGCCAAGUGGAACACAGAAGAUAAAGUCAGCCAUGUGAGCACUGGAGGUGGUGCCAGUCUAGAACUUCUGGAAGGUAAAAUUCUUCCUGGAGUAGAUGCCCUCAGCAACUCGUAG